CCCCGUCCCGAUACCCAGGUCAUAUUUUAAGAGGUGAUAUAAUCAAAACUUAGGGCGAUUAAAUGUUAGGGUGGAAGUCUCCGUGACGUUUCACUUAUUCGUUUUCUCCUACCACCUCUCAGUUUUCUGAAAAGUGACGUGCUCCACACGCGCGACAAUGGAAGCGCCAGAAUUUUUCCCACCUUCUGAAAACUUGACGGCGGCUGUCGUGCACCCGCUAUGCGAAGAAUGGAAGGGGGGAUCCGAGGGUGCCAUCUUCCACCUCGCCAGUAUCUUCCUUGUUUUGGGGUUCAUGGGAGGGAGCGGGUUCUAUGGGCUCCUCUACUUGUUUACCUUUCUGACGCUCGGUUUCUUCUGCACAACCAUUUGGUCAUGGUCGGACGCGUGCACCACCGACACCUUUUUGUGGAAUUUCGCUCUCUUUGGGGUAUGUGCGGUUCAAGUUGUGCACGUCGCCUACCGGCUGAGGAACGUUACUUUCGAAAAGGAGUUUCAAGAUCUGUACAGCUACCUGUUCAAAAAGCUGGGGGUGUCGCUCACCCACUUCGGCAAGAUAGUCGCCUGUUGUGAAGGGGACAUCCACACUAUAGAGAAAGACCACUGUUUUGCCAUGGAGGGCAAGACUGCUAUUGAUAAGCUGUCCGUUCUUCUGUCCGGCAGAAUUCGUGUGACAGUAAAUGGAGAGUUUUUACAUGACAUAUAUCCUUUCCAGUUUCUCGAUUCACCUGAAUGGGACUCUCUCCGGCCGUCAGAGGAGGGAGUUUUCCAGGUGACCCUGCGUGCAGAUAAUUGCUGUAGAUACGUUUCUUGGAGACGUAAGAAACUGUACCUACUCUUCGCCAAACACCGCUACAUCGCCAAGGUCUUUGCGCUCGUGGUGCGGAAUGACAUCGCGGACAAGCUGUACUCCCUCAACGACAAGGCGUUCGACAGCCGCGGGUUCCGAUAUGAUCUCCGGUUACCCACCUACUGUCACGUGUCCCCGUUGCCAGAAUUAGACCGGACAGAUGGGUUCCUACGAGUCCCAGCGCAAUAUGACCGUGGCCACCGUGGCCGUGUCCCUAUAACUAUAACAGCACCCGAAGAGACUGACUAGUGACUGGAACGGAACUUUUAAAUGUUUGUUUUUCAUUAAUGGAUGUUAUUUUUGUCUGUUUGUUAUCCUCAAGUCCUUAGGCUAUGGAUAUGGCAUAAACUAUGUAGUUUACGCAUCAGCAUAGAAUACAUUGUAGCACAUCAAGUAACCAUCCACUUGGUUUGCCAGGCAUCAUGCAAUAGGCGUGUGUGUGUGUGUGUGUGUGUGGGGGGGGGGGGGGGGGGGGGGCGUUGCUGGCCCAGAUUACAGUCCAACUCCGUAGUUAUGAUACGAUUUCAUUACACACUUUUCAGUUUAAUUUCCAGCUCUACCACCACAGUAUCUCUCCCUUCUCUCCAAAGUAACUAAACAGUUAUCAAAAUACCAGUGAAAUGUUACCCCCAGAAUUCCUGUUUAUGUUUUAUAGUGUACUUUACUACCUGUCUGUCUUAAAUUGAGACUGUAUAUUCAAUUGCCUUACUGAGUUUUUUUUGUCAAUAUUUGUGUUUAAUCAUAAAAAAGUAUUAACAAUG